GAACUUUGAACUUUUAUGAAUAAUCCUACAUAUUUUGCAGGAGCGGUGAAUAACCAAAUAUCCCGUUUGAGGUUGAAUACCAAAUGCCCUCCUCUUAUAAAAAUAGUGCACUAUGUAGGGUUCCAGACGCUGUUAAUGAACCGACUCUCUAGCGCACUUGUUUACUAACUCAUGAGCCGUUUUGGAAUAAAGCCAUGUUUCCCUGGCAACCGGGGAUGAGUCCAGGCAGAGACGAUCCAACAUGGCGGAGCAGCAUUAAGUGAAGCGUUUGGUCGCUGGGAAAAGCCACUGCACUGCUCUGGUUAUGAAGCUUAAAGUCGCUGUAACGUAUUUUGGAGUUUGUUAUACGGAUAUAAAAGUGCAUUCUGUGUCUCUGAAGCACUCUGAAGUUUUUUAAAGGCAUGAAAUGGAGGGAUUUUAGCUAAACUAGCAGUGUCGUGAUCCGGGAUGUGAGUAGCGUUAAUCCUGGAGUUGAUGCUAAUCUUCUCCCUGGUGAAGAUGAUCUGACUGGCUGUCUUUUAAAUCCAAUAAAUAGACAUAGAAACAUUCCUGUAUAUUAUAUAUUUACUAGUCCUACUUCCAUGUAACAUCUUGAAAUUAGUGUGUGACUAAUAUAAUAUAACAUCAGUCUGCUGUGAGCUUCUCCAAACUCAGAAGAUGGAGCUUCAUUUAAAACAUGUUGAUUAUCUACAGGUUGGAGUGACUUCUCCAAAAACAAUGAAACUUUUGCCUGCAGUGGGCCGAAAAGCAAUGCAGAAGGUUGCUGUUGCCGAUCAUGAGGGUGUGGUCAACUGUUUCGGGAUGAAAAAGGGAGAGGCAGUUCCUGUGUUCAGAAGUCUUCCUGGGCACAAGAUCUCCAGGCUGGAGCUGGGAGGUGCACUAGGGACACCACAAGAGAAGGUCUUUGUGUGCUCGGGCUCUGAGGUUAAGGGUUACACCAAAAAAGGCAAACAGUUCCUUUCUUUCGAGGCCAAUUUGACAGAAAGCAUUAACGCCAUGCGUGUUUCCGGGGCGGACCUUUUUGUUUGCGCCAGUUACAUUUACAACCAUUACUGUGACUGCAAAGACCAGGACUAUUUCCUGUCAGGGGACAAGAUUAACGAUAUGGUGUGUUUACCGGUUGAGACUGUGGGACGUACAGUACCUGUUCUGGCAUGUCAGGACAGAGUCCUACGCAUACUUCAGGGUUCAGAGCUGCUGUAUGACUUUGGGAUUUCCGGUCCGCCGUCUGUGCUGGAGCUUCACAACAGAGAUGGAGGUAAGGAUGGGGAUGAAGUGCUUUACGGAACGGCUGAUGGCAAACUGGGGCUGGUGCAGUUAACCUGUUCAGCUCCUGUCCCUAAGUGGGAGGUGGACAAUGAGAAGAAAAAAGGAGGUGUGCUGUGCAUCGAUACAUUCGACAUCCUGGGUGACGGAGUAAAAGACAUCCUGGUUGGGAGGGAUGACGGGACGGUCGAGAUCUACGGACUGGACAACUCCAACGAGCUUACGUUGCGUUUUGAGAAUGUUUUGACAGAAAGUGUUACAUCGAUUCAGGGAGGGUGUGUAGGAAAGGAGUCAUAUGAUGAGGUUGUUACAACAACAUAUGCAGGUUGGGUAUCGGGUCUCACCACUGAGCCUCAGCAGAUGGAGGCAGGACCAGGGGAUGAGGUGAAGAUGACGGAGACCCAGGCCAGGGUGGCCACUCUUAGGGCCGAGCUAGAGCAGCUGCAGGUGAAAGUGAUGCAGGGACGGGAGAAAUACCAGCAGAGCUCUCAGUCCACUACAGCUGUAUCCGCAGUGCCGUUUUUUAGCAUCAACGACAGAUUCAAUCUGUGCCAAGAGGAUGCCAGCUACAGCCUCACUCUGGAGGUGCAGACUGCCAUCGAUAACCUACUGCUACAGAGUGAUGUACCAAUAGAUCUGCUGGAUGUGGAUAAGAACUCAGCAGUGGUUAGUUUCAGCGAAUGUGAUUCAGAGCCAAAUGGGAAUUUCCUCCUCGCUACUUACAGGUGCCAGGCGAACACCACCAGGCUGGAACUAAAGGUGAGGUCAAUCGAGGGUCAGUAUGGAACACUUCAGGCCUAUGUUACCCCACGGCUCCAGCCUAAAACCUGCCAGGUGCGUCAGUACCAGAUCAAACCACUCUCUCUCCACCAGAGAACCCACAGUAUCGAUCACAGCAGGCCCAUGAACACCCUGAGGCUAGUGGGGCAGUUCAGCUUUGCAGAGAUCCACUCAUGGGUCGUGUUCUGCCUGCCUGAGGUGCCUGAGAAAACCCCAGCAGGAGAAAACAUCACCUUCUACUUUCAGAACACUUUUCUGGGGACACAGCUUGAGGCGAGUUACUGCAAAGGUGAAGGUAACUUUAAAUCAGACAACAUUUCAACUAUAUCCAUUCUCAAGGAUGUUCUCUCGAAGGAAGCCACCAAGCGCAAAAUCAAUCUCAACAUUUCAUACGAAGUAAAUGAAGAUUCUGUGAGCCAUACCCUGAAAAUGAUUCAUCCUAAACUCGAAUGUCAGCUUUUGUUGGCCAAAAAGGUUCAGCUUAUCGAUGCUUUAAAGGAGCUGCAAGUGCAUGAAGGAAAUGCAGAUUUUCUGAUUCCUGAGUAUCGCAACAUACUCGACGAGUCUCCUCGUCUGCUAGAAGAGUACAAAAAGCAGCCUGCACAUCUGGAAAGAUUAUACGGUAUGAUAACCGACCUCUUCAUCGACAAGUUCAAAUUCAAAGGGCAAAACGUCAAGACGAAGGUUUCACAGCUCCUUGAAAUAUUAGACAACUAUGACCUGAACUCUCUGGUGGACUUUUUCAAUGACGCUUAAUUGGCAAAUAUUUAUUUAUUUAAUAUUUUGUAAUAUUAGAUUCCUCUAAAAUGUAUGUGCAGUAGCUGAAAUCCUUAACGUGCCAAAGCACAAAAGCCGAACAGAGAGGUAUAUUUAUCUCAUCAAAUAGUGCUGUAAUAUAAUGUAAUAAAAAAACACUACAUUUCUGUGAAUUUCUAUAUUGUAUUCAAAUAAAUCUUCAUAUCAAGG